CGUUACCCAAGCUUGUUCCAGUUUGCUCUUUCAUCUAAAGGAAAAGUUUUAAAUAUGAGUGAAGAUACAGUUCGUGUUGCUGUGCGUGUUCGUCCUUUGGUACAAACAGAAAUAGAAAAAGGUUGCCAACCAUGUUUAGAAGUAGUUCCUGGUGAACCACAAAUUGUUAUACGCAAUACAGAUAAAGCUUUCACAUUUAAUUAUGUCUUUCCUUCUAAUAUUGGUCAAGAGGAGUUUUAUAAAACAGCCAUUAAAGGGAUGGUAGGAAAUAUUUUCCAAGGAUAUAAUGUAACUAUAUUAGCGUAUGGUCAAACUGGAAGUGGAAAAACUCAUUCAAUGGGUACAAACUAUGUGGAAUCAGAGGAUACAGGAAUAAUCCCACGAGCAAUACAUGACAUAUUUGAUAUGAUUCAAUUAAAAGAAGGUUGGAGUUUUAAAGUUACAGUUUCAUUUAUGGAACUCUAUCAGGAACAGCUAUAUGAUCUGUUGACUGACAAACAACGAAAUCAAUCGAUUGUCGAUAUUAGAGAUGAUGGUAAAAAUAUAAAAAUUUCUGGCCUAGUAGAAAAAGAAGUCACAAAUGCAGAUGAAGCACUACAAUGCUUGACCCAUGGAUCUCUAGGUCGUGUAACUGGUGCCACGGCUAUGAAUGCCCAAAGCAGUCGUAGCCAUGCUAUUUUUACAGUAAGCAUAUACCAGCAAAAACUGGAUGAUCCUAAUACUGCAACUGCAGCCAAAUUCCACCUAGUGGAUUUAGCUGGAUCCGAACGCAGUAAAAAAACUCAAGCAACCGGAGAAAGAUUUAAGGAAGGAGUAAAUAUAAAUAAAGGCUUAUUGGCACUAGGAAACGUUAUAUCUCAAUUAGGAGAAGGUGGUUCUAUGUCAUAUGUUGGAUACCGAGACAGUAAAUUGACACGAUUGUUACAAGAUUCCCUUGGUGGUAAUUCUAUGACACUGAUGAUAGCAUGUGUUAGUCCAGCAGAUUAUAAUUUGGAUGAAACUCUUAGUACAUUGAGAUACGCAGACAGAGCACGAAAAAUAAAGAACAAACCUGUAGUAAAUCAAGAUCCAAAAGUUUCUGAAAUAAACAGGCUAAACAAAGUGGUGCAAGAGUUAAAGCUUGCUUUGAUAGAUCAAGAAGUUAGGAUUUCUUGUCCAGCAGAACAUCAGGAACUCGAAAAGAUAAAUCAGUCACUGCAAGCGAAGAUUAGAGACUUAACUGAAAAACUAAAUACAAAUUUAAUUGAAUUUGUAGGAACAUUAGAAAAAGCCGAACUAGUUGAACAGGCAAGGGAAAAAAUCCAGGAAGAUAUAAUGAAGAUAUUAGACCAAUGCAAAGAGCUGCUAGAUGAUUUUGAUAAAAAUCCUGAUGCAUGUGCUAAUCACCGUACAAAAAUAGAAGCAUUGUAUAUAAAAAUUCUUGAUAUCGAGAAAGAUCAGAAGAAAACAUCAAAGCAGCUUAUAAACUGUGGAAUGGAACCUAUUGAUUCAAAAACAUUUACGAUGUAUGAGGGUAAUGAGGAACAAACAUCUUUGAAUGAAUUAAACUCUGAAAAUAACGAUAGUCUCGACGAUUUGGAUGGAAAAGAAGAAGAACAUACUUUGUUUCAAGUUAAAAGAAACGACAAAGUACAAGACAUCAACAAAGAACUGGCCAUUAAGGAAGGUCUGAUGUCUCAGCUGUUGAAAAACUCGUCUCAAUUGAUUGAUUAUUCAAAGGAAUUACAAGAAAUGGAGCAAGAGAUAAAAACACUUCAAAUGGAAAGGGAAGAGCUGUUGCUAGCACUGCAAACUGUUCAGGCGAAUAACGUUCCUUCAAAGUUGGCGGAAUCUCGACGGAAAAAGGUCCAAGAAUUGGAGAAAAAGAUAUCGGACAUGAAGCGCAAGAUCUCGGAACAAGAUAGAAUAGUUAAAAUAAAAGAGAAACAAGAUCAACAGAUAAGACAGUUAUCUAAUGAAAUGAAAUCAUUGAAGCAGACUAGAGUGAAAUUAAUUCGACAAAUGCGGAGCGAAUCCAAUAGGUUUGUAAAGUGGAAAGAAUCUAAAGAGAAAGAAUUGAAUAGAUUGAAGAAUCAGAAUAGGAAACAAACCAAUGAAGUGACCCGUUUGAAAACGUGGCAUAAUCAACAGGAAAUUGUAUUUAAAAGAAAAAUGGAAGAAGCUUUUGCAGUUAACAAAAGAUUAAAGGACGCCCUAGACUUGCAGAAAAGAGCAGCAACAAUGAGGAAAGAAAAAGCUAAUAAUACAGAUAAAAUAAAAAAUUGGUUGACUCAAGAGGUACAAAUAUUAGUGAGCACUGUAGACGCGGAAUAUUCGUUAGAAAAAUUAAUGCAAGAUAGAGCAUCAUUGGCAGCUAUGUUGGAGAAAUUUCGGAAUAGCACUGAUCCAAAUAUAGAACAGAUAUCUGAGCUUACUGAAUUUUUAGAUUUACGUAAUACACAAAUUACAGAUCUUCAACAAAAAAUAGUUGAAUCGGAUCAGGAAAACCGAGUAAAUACAAGAUUGCAAAAAAUCCAUUCGAUGGACGAAGCAAAAACUGUAGUAAAAAUGUUAUUCAAACAGACUGCGGAAAGUAGAAAAAUGCAAUGCUCAAAGGCGUGUGAAUACAAUGAUCUUCUGGAAAAAUAUGAAUUGUUGCAAGCACAAAUGAAUGAGUAUCGAGUGAAAGAAAAAGAAAGACGUCUUUCAAAACAGCUCGUAUUAAAGGACACCGCAAAUCGUAGUUCAGACUUUGAAGAUGAGGAGAAUACGAAAUUAAAAGCAGAAUUAGAACAUUCUAAAGAAAAGUGCCAGCGUCUAGAACAAUCAGUUUUAACAGAAGUCAAGAAUAAAAAUGAGAUGUCCAAAUCAAUAGCUAAAAGACAGACACGAGAUAUAAAAUUAAUGAAUGAAAACUGUAAUCCUGAAGCAGAUGACACUAUUGUCGACGAUGAAGACGACGUCAGAAGAGAUCCAGAUUGGAUACGAACACCACUUUAUAAUCGAAUACGUAAACUUUUGAACACAACAAAAGAUAUUUCCGCUGAGCGGUCUACACUGAAACGAACAUCGGAUGAAGAAAUAAAAUGUGGUUGCAAAACAAAAUGUGCAACUCGGGUUUGUUCUUGUCGGAAGAAUAAAGUUAUAUGCGGUAAUUGCGGUUGUAAUCCUGAACUUUGUCAGAACAAAGAUUUAAAAAAUCUGAAUCGACCCUUAUUUGAUUAUAACACUGAAGAUAGUGAUAAACUGGUAAAGAAACAGAGACUGGCGGAACCUGAGUAAGAAUUAGUAUAGGGACUAGUAUAAGUUUAGCUAAAUAAAAGAUAGUUUAAGUUUAAUUAUAAUUAUUUCUAUUUUUGCAACA